CAACUGACGUUUCGACGUGAUUUUCUACCUGAAUAUAUACAUAUACACAUACUUACAUUUGUGUACAUUGACUUCAUGCCUUGUUUAUCUGUUCUUUGUAUAUAAAUAUUCAUUGUAGUAUAAUUAAUUAAAAUUAUUGCCGUAAAUACUAUGAACAAUACACGAAGUGAGAAUUUCGUGAAUGUGUAAAUUCAUAAACGAUUGUUAAUUGAUUGUGAGUUCAAAAUGACAAUAAACAUCGAUAUUAAAUUAAAACGGGCUAGCAAAAUAUAUCACGAAGGGGAAAUAGUUGCUGGCUUUAUAUUACUGCAAACAAAUUCAGAUGUUAAACACGAUGGGAUAUUUCUAAGUAUGGAAGGCUCGGUCAAUCUGCAACUUAGUUCGAAAAAUUUUGGUAUUUUCGAAGCAUUUUACAAUUCCGUAAAGCCGAUACAAUUGGUCCAAUAUACUUUGGACGUCGCUCCAAGUGGUAAAAUACCAAGUGGUAGGACAGAAAUACCAUUUGAAUUACCAUUGAAACCCAGAGGGACUAAAUCUCUAUACGAAACUUAUCAUGGAGUCUUUGUAAAUAUCCAGUAUUUCAUACGCUGCGAUAUAAAAAGAAGUUUCUUGGCAAAAGAUGUUAGCAAGUCAUUAGAGUUCAUAGUGGAAGACAAGGUGCCUACCAAGGUACAGAAAGAGCCCAAUAAAUCAGUGUGUUUUAAUAUUAUGCCAGAAUCUUUGCAAAACACAAGAGACAGAACAAAUGUACCUAGGUUCCGUAUUUCUGGAAAAUUAGAUUCGUUGUAUUGCAAAAUAUCUGAACCACUGACUGGAGAGGUGGUAAUUGAACAUUGCGAAGCUGUGAUAAAGUCAAUUGAACUACAAUUGGUGAGAGUAGAGACAUGUGGUUGUGCUGAAGGAUAUUCCAGAGAUGCUACUGAAAUACAAAAUAUACAAAUUGGAGAAGGAAAUGUUUGUACAAAUUUGCCUAUACCGAUAUAUAUGAUAUUCCCACGAUUAUUUACAUGUCCCACAUUAAGUACGAGUAACUUUAAAGUCGAAUUCGAAGUAAAUUUAAUCAUAAUAUUUGAAGAUGAUUAUUUAGUUACGGAAAAUUUCCCCAUAAUAUUAUCAAGAUAUUAAAUUUUGUAUAGAAAUACAGUAUUUUAUAUAAAUUAUAUAUAUUAUUUACAAAUUGUAUAUAUUUCUUAUAAUAAAUGCAAAUUUAUGUUAAA